UGCGCCGGGCCCGCACCGACCCCCGCACCUCGAACACCGCCGAGGGGCCCGUGCUCCGCACCGCCCGGCAGCACCGACGGCCGCGGGAGUCCCUCACCGUGACCGCCACCGCCCUCCCGAGGGCACCAUGACCCUGCUCAAGCUGUCCCUCAUGGCCUUCAGCUUCGUCUUCUGGGCAGCGGGGCUGACCAUGCUCAUCAUCGGCCUCUGGGCCAAGGUGUCUCUGGGCAGUUACUUGGCGCUGUCGGCCAGCGACUACCCCAGCGCCCCCGCCAUCCUCUUGGCCACCGGCGUCGCUGUCAUCAUCUGGGGCUUCCUGGGAUGCUUCGGCGCCGCCACGGAGCACCGGGGACUCCUGCGCGCCUACAGCGCCUUCCUGGCGGCCGUGCUGGCGGCCGGGCUGGCGGCCGGGCUCUCGGCGCUCCUGUACCGCCAGACCCUGGCGCAGGGCUUCCAGGAGGGGCUGCGCCAGGCGCUGCUGGCGUACGGGGAGGACGACGGGGUGGCGGACGCCCUGGACGCGCUGCAGCGCGCCUUGUCCUGCUGCGGUGUGGAGAGCUACCGCGACUGGCUCGCCUCGCCCUGGGGGCUGGAGCAGAAUGGCUCGGUGCCUCUCAGCUGCUGCCGGGCUCGCCGCGGCUGCCAGCGCAGCCCGCCCGACGCGCGCAGGCUGCACCGCGACGGCUGCUUCGGCAGGGUGUCCGCCUUCGUCGGCAGCAACAUGUUUUAUGUUGCCACCGCUGCCCUGGGGCUGGCACUGCUGCAGCUCAUCGGCAUUGUGCUGGCCUGCCUGCUGGCUGCCCGCGUCCCUGCCCACCUGCUGGGCAUCACCACUCCUCGCUGAGAUCCCCCCACUCCUGCCCCUUGUCCCCUCCAACUCCCUUCUUUCCCAUAGAACUGAGUACACCCCACUGGGAAAACGCUUCCUUCACAUUCACCAUUUCCACUGGAGCAUCCUCCUCCAGGCUCCAUUCCUCUGGAGUCUGUGUCAGGUGUUUCAAUGCUAUGAGCAUCUCCAGAGCCUCUCAGAAGGGAAGGUGCCUCCUGGCCUGGCCAUGUGUCCUGCAGGGCAGCAGGUCCCCACUGGAACCUCUGGUCCACGUCUGCAGGGAGGGGUGGCAGCAUGGACAGACAUCACUCUCUGAGGCAGCAGGGACAGCUGAGGCAAGGCUGACCGGUUUUCUGGGUGAUGUUAACACCAAAGCACUGAAAUAUGGACCAGGAAAGAGGAGAGGGUCUAGGAGAGCAAGAGAGGUGUCUCUCGACAUUACACCAUGCGAGUAUUCUUCUGAUACUGGAAAAUUAAUUUACUGGAGAACUGCUGGAGUGCAUGAGGGGCAGGCCUGGUCCAGGGACAGCCAGGUAGCCAUGCCAGCAGCUGACGCUGGGAACUGCUUGAGGGGACUGUCCAGCGCCGUGCAUCCCAUUGCCGCCAAGAUAUCCUACCUUCGGUGUGAGUGUAUUCAAGCUGUCCGGCUGCUACGGGUGCUUAUUCAGCUGUGGUUUUUCCAAUGCCGAUUUCUAUCUAGAGGUGGAGCUGCAGCUCUAAGUGUUACUCCCUCCUUCGGGAUAUGCAUGUCUUCUUAGCCAGUGUGUUGCUGGUUAUAUCCUUGCAGGGCUGAAAAGACCUAAAACCGGGGUCCCUGUCGUGCAAGAAGAUGGCAAAAGCUGUAGGAUCAGAACUGAUGAGGGGUGGCAAGAGGAGGGAAGGGUUCAUUGCCCUUCAGAAGUUUGCUUUGGACUUUUACUGUUAACAUCAGGAUGAAUGGAACAGACUGACUGUUUUAUGGAGGAGUUUCUGAAAAACAGCCCUCAGACUCUGACAUUUUUCCUUUCUCAAAGGAUCUGUCUCUGAAGUGUGCCCCCACCUACAAUUUUGGAGCCAGAUCUGUGUACAGCCUGAGAGUAAAUGGAGAACCCCCAAGAUUUGCUGUGUAGCCCUGGGUAUAUUCAGGUCAGACAGCAAUAUAAAUUUACAGGAUUUUGGGGUUUUUUUGCAACAGAUGUGGGUUUGCAUUUGGAGUUUGAGUAAAAGCAAGCCGUGCACUUCAGAGGCUCCUGAACUUUCAGAGCUUCACUCCUGCUUCUUUCCACUUCCUUAAAACCUGUGAACUCUACUUUUAUGUAUUUCUCUGCCUUGCAGCACACAGGCAUGCCCACCUUACGCAUCAAACUGGGGAGGAACAAUUUCAGAAAAGAAUCAAAGAACCACAAAGGAACUCCAGGACAUGGCAUCUCUUAGGAACGUGACUAGCAAAGCUGUGGAGAAUGGUCAAAUGAGUGAAGAAGAUGACUGGUAGCUUCAUGGGAGGAGUGGGGUAACCUUGGGAGAAAGGGGAUUAGCAGUGCCUCUUUUUUUCAGGUAUUAGGUGGCUAUUUAGCUAUGAUAAUCAUGUUUCAGGUGAAGAGAGCAGUGUGAACAGUCUUCUCUGUCAUUUCAGUAUUCAUCUGCAUAGGUGAACCCUGGAAACAUAUUAGGAAUCUCUCUUUAUAGAGAAAACAGAGCUUUAUUUUUUAGGGCUGAUGUUUAUUAUUUUACAAAAUAUAUUUUUUAUUUUUGCUUUUAAAUGUCCCUGUAUUUUUUUUAGUUAUGCAAUAGUGGAAUGCCUGUUAUUUUCUGGAAGUCAACAUUAUGUUGUACAAUUUUAACAAUGGGCAGAAAGUACAGUUUGUAUGGUAAAUGGUACUUGAGAAAUAAAGUUUAGCAAGUGCUAAGAGCAAAACAGG